UUUCCUCCUCCGUCUCACUCGCCUUUCUACUCGCAGGCUGAACAGAGUCCGUGUGGAGUACGUGGAAACCAAUAGGAUGAGGGUUCCGUAAUAGAUGCAAAUGAUCCAGAAAAGACACUGCGAAAUAUGAACAAACUCAUUUGCUCCGAAGUAAAUCACGGAAAAACUGUUUAUGAACUGGCACCUCUCCUUGGAAAUGUAAAGCGAGGACUCCUUUUUUUUUAAGUGCCGAUUUUUUUAUUUUUAGGGGGGGUUGAAGAAGAAGAAGAAGAAGAAGGAAAAGAAGGGGGGAAAAGAAGAAGGAGAAGAGAGAGAGAGAGAGAGAGAGGUAAAGACAGAGCGUCAGAAAGAAAGAAAGAAAGAAAGGAGUAACAAUCACCUCAAACAACAAUAAAAAGAGGAUUCUGAUACCAUGCAUUGUGGCAAAGAGUUUUGACUCAAUCCUUGGGAUUUUUUUUUUUAAAUCUAUGUAUAUCUGUAUAUAUCCCCGGAAACCACAAAGAUUCUUGGGUUAGCAUCUCUUCGCUUUCCUCCGCUCCUGUGGCUGUUGAUACACCCCGUCCUCCGUACCUUCCACCUCUUAUCUAUUUAAAAUAAGCUAUUUAUAUUAAAAUGAGCUCUUACUUCGUCAACUCCCUGUUCUCCAAGUACAAAACCGGAGACUCCCUGCGCCCCAACUUCUACGACUGUGGGUUCGCUCAGGAGCUCGGAGGGAGACCUACAGUCGUGUACGGGCCGAGCACGGGAGGCACCUUUCAGCACCCCACCCAAAUCCAGGAGUUCUACCACGGGGCGUCUUCUCUGUCCAGCUCCCCUUACCAACAGAACCCCUGCGCCGUCGCGUGCCACGGGGACCCGAGCAAUUUCUACGGCUAUGACCCCUUGCAAAGACAAAGCCUCUUCAGCGCUCAGGACUCCGACCUAGUGCAGUAUCCGGAUUGCAAGCUCGCCUCCGCCGCCGGGCUGGGAGAAGACGCCGACAACUCCGAGCAGAGCCCUUCGCCCACGCAGCUCUUUCCUUGGAUGCGACCGCAAGCAGCCGCCGGACGGAGGAGAGGACGGCAGACUUACAGCCGCUACCAGACCUUGGAGCUGGAGAAAGAGUUCCUUUUUAAUCCUUACCUGACCCGCAAGAGGCGGAUCGAGGUGUCGCACGCGCUGGGACUGACGGAGAGGCAAGUGAAAAUCUGGUUUCAGAACCGCAGGAUGAAGUGGAAAAAGGAGAACAACAAAGAUAAGUUCCCGAGCAGCAAAUGCGAACAGGAGGAGCUGGAGAAGCAGAAAAUGGAAAGGGUGCAGGAGGUGGAAGAGGGCGGCGAAGCACAGACCGGGGAGAAGAAAUAGGCGCUUGGGAAGCCCACGGACAGGCGAGCCGCAGAAAGCCUCCUUGCUCCUGCCAUUCUGCCAGCCGGGUGUU